AUGCCUUCCAUGACCAAGCUCGCCCUCUCGUCUCUCGCUCUCCUCGCCUACUCUGCAGAUGCCGCCCCAAUCUUCACGUCUACUAGCGGCAGCGGUAGCGCUCACGCGAACGCGAACGCCAACGCUGCUGUUUCGCUCAGCGGCAGUACCGACCUCAAGGUCUUUGCGGAUGCCUUCCUCAAGCUGUCCACUGGCGGUCGCGCUAGCAGCUGUGACAAUGUCAAUGUCGGUUCGGUCCUCGGUCUCGCAGCAAACGUCAAGUCUUCGCUGUUCAGCAAGAUCGCCGUGACUCAGUGUAUCGCUUCUUACUCCGAUGCUGUCGCCUGCACCGAGUUCGGCGCGUACCUCGCCACGACCUACUACGCCUACAUUUCCGGCUGGACUGGCGCCACGCUCUUUGCUGCUCUUGAGGCCACCAGAACCGACCGCCUCCAUGCGCUCGUUGGCGGAUUCUGCAGCACUGCUACCGGUGUUUCCUCAGGCGCUUGCGACGACUGGAUUACCCAGUGGAACACCUUCGGGUACGCUUCGGUCGGUCUCAAGGCGGAUGUCAAGGCGGCUGCUCUGAUCCAUAUACAGAAGGCCACCCUGAAGACCUCUGGCUUGCUAUCCGUCUGCGACACCACCGCUAUCCUCAAGGCUGCUGCCAACGGCCAGAUCACCGUCGGAGCUACCGCCACCGCUCAGGCCGCCGUUGCCGCACACGCCGCCGCUGCAGUCAAGGCGGACGUCCAGAGCAAGACUGGCGUCGCGGUUCCUCGUGGUCUCGUCCUCGGCGGCCACGGUGCUGGGCAAGGCGCCGGCGUCCUCGGUGUCUCCCUCGACUCCAUCACUGGCAACAAGCACCACGACAACGGUCUCCUCACCAACCUCGUUGCGGGUGUCGGCGCCGCGGGCAGUUCCAAGGGCGCUGUAGGUCUUGGUAGCCUCAUCCACCGUGAUCUCCUCGACACCACCCACAUCGUCGGCGGCGCACACGGCCAGGGAUCCGCUCACGGCGCUGGCUUCCUCGGCCUUGACGGUGACGACCUCGACCUCGGUCUCUUCGGCAAAGGACAGGGCCAAGGCUCCGGAAUCCUCGGUGUCACCGGUGACAAGCUCGGUCUCGGUCUCUCAGGCGAGGGGAAGGGGAAGGGCUUCUUGGGUGCGGUCAUUGCUUGA